AUGCUACCUGAUAUUUCUACAGAAACAUGGAACGGUCCUGGAGAGGACAAUUUAAAAGGUGACCCAGGUGCGGUGAAGUCAUAUUCGACCACCAAGAAAACAAGUACGGUUGCUUCCAAAGGAUUGAUUAUAGCUUUACUUUGUAUUGUAGACGCGGGUGUAUCAGAUCCAAAGGCAACACACGAGUCACCCAAUCAAAGUCCAGGAAAACCAAAACGACAUUCCAUUGCGGCAAAAAAGGAAGUAAAUCCUUCCCAAAUGACGGAAAACACGCCUCCGAGGGAGCAUGUGCAGUCACCAGGAACUACCAUAGAAAAGAGUCAGACAAAACCCCAACCUGGUGAAAAAGAUUUGGAGCAUUCGUCCAAUGAAAACGAGGAAUCAGAUCACCCUUCGAAGAAUACAAAUGAUGAGAAGGAAACCGCUGAUAAAGAAACAGAUUCAUCCCAACCACCUAAGGCAUCUGGAGCACAGCGGAUUUACGAAGAAGGUCUUAAGCUCAUGGAUGAAGCCGAUACACAUGCACAAGCACGAAAACUGUGA